GUUUCCUCCUCUGUAAGAUGGAGAUAAGCCUGUCUCGGUUCUUGUGAGGACUGAGGUGCCAUGAGUGUGUACGGCACGUGAGUUGCUCCAUAAAUGUGCAUUGCCUUCUGCCGUUAAGAGCUGUGAAAAUGUCUGCCAAGACCCAGAUAGUGGCCAGAGCUUCCCUCAUUGAGCAGCUGAUAUCUGAAAGGAACUUUGAGGACCUUGGUGACCACCUGACUGAGCUGGGAGCCCUGCGUGUGACUAAGGAGCAUCUCCAGCAGACAGAUGUGGUCAGGGCCGUGUACAGAGUCCUCAAGAACUGCCCCUCGGUGGCUUUGAGAAAGAAAGCCAAGUGUUUGCUGUCCAAAUGGAGAGCUCUUUAUGAGGAUCCUCACGUCAAACCCAGGGACCCCAAACUCUCCCCUGUAGGGGGAAAUAACAAAACCUCAGGACUUUCUUGUGACUCAAGUCAAGAUGAGACAUUGGGCCGUUCCAGUUCUGAUUCUCUGCUGUUGUCCCAAGACGUUAGGGCAAAAGCCGCUGCAAUGAUGGUGCCUGAAAACAACCCUAGUCGAAGAGAACCCGAGGAAGAGCGUCACAGGGGUGAGGGCCCGAAACCCACCGACAAGAGAGCAAAUGAGUCGCCGGAUCCUGUCACGGCCGUGAGAACUAAAUGCACAGAGCUUCUUUAUGAAGCUCUGACCGGUUCUUCCACGGAUCAGCCCAAAGCCGAAAUGUGGCAGAACUUUGCAAGGGAGAUAGAAGAGCACGUGUUUACCCUCUAUUCCACGAAUCUCAAAAAAUAUAAAACUUGUAUCCGAAGCAAAGUUGCCAAUCUGAAGAACCCCCAGAAUUCUCACUUGCAACAAAACUUGCUCUCUGGGACCAUGUCGCCGAGAGAAUUUGCCGAAAUGACCGCGAUGGAAAUGGCCAGCGAGGAGCUGAAACAGUUGAGAGCCUCCUAUACAGAGUCUGGCAUACAGGAGCACUGCCUUCCACAAGGGGCGGAGGGCACACAGACGCAGAAAAUAAAAUGCCGACGCUGUGAGAAGUUCAAUUGCAAAGUCACUGUCAUCGCCAGAGGAACACUUUUCCUUCCAAGCUGGGUGCGCAAAUCAAACCCAGAUGAAGAAAUGAUGACCUAUGUGAUCUGUAAUGAGUGCGGGGAGCAGUGGUACCACAGCAACUGGGUGUGCUUGUAAUGGUAAAUAAAUGUUCUCCACAAUAGGGGACAGGAG